AUGUCUUCUCCCUCAUCGACCGGUGUCGAAAGACCUGCCAUAACUACCCCAGGCCGACCGCACUCUUCUUCUCUAUCUUCGGUCAACACUCUCCGAAGCACCACCACUUCGUCAACCUUGGCCUGCUCGUCGUCAGAGAUGCAUUCCAAACUCACCAAACAAAUGCAGGCACGCUCCAACAAUCAGCAACGCUGGCAGUCCUGGCAAGCCAAACAAAUCGAAUGCUUUCAAGGUGCUGCAAUGGAGGCAGGGAAGGAUGCCAAAUCGAGCAAGGGUUUCACCUCAAAGCGGCCGCAUAUCCACCUCGACGGCAUUUCGAGAAGUCUUAGGAGAUUGCGGGGUUUUGGGCUUGGGCAAAGCAUCCGAUCUUUUAUAGGAUCAGGAAUCGACAAUAUCCAGAAUAUGCUUAUACGAACUUGCGUUGAGCCCUAUCUCAAGACUUACCGGUUCGAUGACGGUUCGAUUCUAAGCAUCCCUUCCGACUACGUGGUCACAAGGUUGUGA